UCCGCAAUCACGGUAGCAUUCGGCUCCUUCUACUCGGACUACCUCAACACCAAGCGCUGGGAGGGCACUGGAGGGGCAGGGAGGCGGGAGGCAGAGAAUCAUCGCCAACAUAUCUCUGAAUCCAGAGCGAUACGCGACCCUCUUUGGCCUUCUCAAACACAUGUUCGCAUUCGCCCCUUGCUGCUGUUGGAGCAUGGAAAUUGUUUGCUGACUGUGCCCCUCCUUUACAUGGGGCCAGCCACAGCGCUAUCCCUUGUGUUGGUGCUAUUUUUGACAAGAGGGGCCCAGUCCAUCGGUGACAUCUGGACCCAGCUUCGGGGUCAGAUUGCGAGAUUGGUGAUAUUCUUCUUUGAAGACACUGUCCAGUCGGCAAAGAAGCUUGAAAGACGGCGGUUCCUUGCCCUGAGCCGCCCGCCACUUGGCUUUAUUCUCGAAGCAGAAAGACGGACCCUGAAUACCAUUUUUGGGAGAGAACGUGGAGGGGCCGUUCCAGCCGUCGCAUGUCGCACUCACUUGUUCCCUUGGAAGAAAGAUGCCUCCUGCCAUGCCUCUCCAUGCCUCCGGGGGGGCCAACCGAGCGGUGUACAGAGAGUGUUCAGACAAUCAUCAUCAGCAACCAUCCGAUCUUUUUAUGCUUCACUCUGUCAUCAAUCUAUCAAAGUGAUCUACGGAGUAGAGAUUUCCUAGACAGAACGCUAGAAUCCCAUCAGCAAGCAAGCGAAGAAUUGGCGUCCAGGGUGGCUUACAAAGCCUUGGCGUACCUCAUGCAGGCCAACUGCAAAGUGCUCCCGCCGAUUCUCUACUCUGUACAAGCAACUUGCACUCUGUUACUUGCCGUGCCUGCUGCUCGCUGAUGCUGCCAACACUCCGCCCCAAAAAAUACCCUUAGCCCUCCCCUCUGUUUGCACCAAUUCGGUGCUGGGCCGCGCAACCUUUUUACCCAUAUUCCCUUUACAUACGGGAGACCUACCGCCGAGAAGACAAGCAAGCGCCAGACUCGCUCGCCCCCCUUUCUCCUGCCGCUCUGUACGACGACAAGAAUAGUCCAGGCCAGAGAGACAAGCAGCCCAGGAAACUAAAUUAAAAAAUAAAAAACAAUCAUCAGAAACAACCUGAUGGCGAGCCACAUCGACAGACCAUGAUCACUUUUCCCUAACAAUCGGCUGUUGAAUUCCUACCCAUCAUCAGCCUUGCCUCACCAUGGAGAUCGACGACUCGGGGGACACGGGCGAUGGCCGCCGGCUUUCGAUAGAGAAGAAGCCCAUCAUUAUUACCGACGCCAUCAUCGGCGACGAGGAUGACGAACCGUCCGCCUUUGAACGCCUACCCGACGAGAUUAUCCAACAAAUUCUGCAGGAGACUGACCCGAAUGGAUUCGCGUCGCUGGCUCUGCUCAACUCGAAAUGGAGAAGCGUAGCCCAGCAGGCGCAUCUCUAUGCCCAUCACUUGUCGAACUGUCCCUCGUAUGCCAUGAGCCACAGUGGCCCAGUCAAGGUCAAUAGCGAAGAUGACCUGCCAAAACUCAAACGACAGUUUGCAAAAGAGGUGAAGCGCAACCUCUUCGAAGCGUACUUGCGCCCCAAUGAGACCGUCAUCAAGGUCAUAUCCAACUCCAUCAGCUCAUCGUCCUGCCCCGGAGGCGAGGGCAUCCAAUUCAGUGCCUCACCAAAAGGCCAUCACAUCUUGGCUUAUAACUCUUCCAGAAUACAUGUUGUUGAUGUCAGAGGCGCCGAGAUUGCAGUAACAAGAGAAUUCAAGAUUCUGAGGCGGCCAGCGGCGACAUGUAUCAAUGAUCAGGGGACAAUGCUCGCGGUGCUAUUGACGGAAAUGCAAGUGGACAUCUAUGACCUAACGCAGUCACCACCAAAGCGAACGCACUCCAUGAUUUUAGACCACAGCCCACGCGCCAUCGCCUUGUCACCAUGCGGGUCAGUACUAGCGGCCGCUUACGAAGGUGGAAUCGAGGUCUCUUCGCUGAACCAGACCGCCAUGGCCACCGACCGGAGAGCUGUCAAGUGUGAUGGCGUCGAUGCUUUGACCUUUUCGUUUGACGGAACUCAAAUUCUUGGGACGACAGUUCACUCAUCCCAACCGAAUACUGUGAUACUGACAGCACCUUACUACGACCCCGGAAGCCAUAUGGAGUCCGAUGAUAUCAGCGCUUUGUGGACGACAUCGAUCUUGUUUCCCAACACCAGUCGGGAUUGCAGUCACGCCGUCUUGUUACAGAAUGGGAAAUACGAGGAAGCAGCAUGGACUUUUACCUACGACCGUAGCUUCGAGACCUUCCGGGCCGUGCGUAUUGACGAUCUGAGGAACGGCACAACCUAUUUCACAGGGCCAGUUCCCAAUACCGAAUCGCAGACCAGGCUCAUUCCAUGUACACUCCCGGCUGCCUCUUAUUAUGGAGAGCUGGUUUCGGCAGGCUUUCAGGGGAAGGAUAUCUGGCUGUAUGGUGUUCCUGAGGACCUUGACGCCGUGCCGGAUACCACCAGUGCGGCUGCGGAGAACAACUCGGGCAAUGGUGGGCUUCUACGACGAAAUAGCGGUCCAUCGAUGCGGGCAGCUUCACGGGUUCAGGAGAAUGAGGCUCGGGUGCCCCAAUGGCAGAUUCUAUGCGACAAACUGCGCAACACGUUUGUGGGAGGAUACAAGAUUGCUGAGCUCGAAGGUGUAAGCACUGUCAAGUUUGUGGCCGAUUUUGCAGACUCGUGCCUAAAAGAGCGAUUGGUAAUCACUGCCCGUGGCGUCACGCCUAAUAUCUCUGUCGCAGACGAGGAGGGCAUCGAUUUUGUAGAUGGCGGCCGGAUCACUCUUCUCGACUUCGACUACAACGUAACCAACGGGGUUAUCAAGGAGUUUACCAUCGACGUAGGAACGAGGGAGCCCGAAGUGCUGGAGGAAGAGCAUCGUGAUAUGGAGACCGAAGUGGCCAUCGUUCGUCGGAGGACUGUCGCUCAGAAAAGGGGCAGCAGGGCUGUGUCUACUGUCAUGCGCAGCGCAACAACUGCUGCUCCUCGCCCACCACCGUUGCCUACCCAGCCCUCCUCCUCAACACAAAAGGAAGAUGAGGAUGACCCCUUGGUUCCUCGUCGAGUAGGUACCGUCCCACCUCGCCGCAAUGGUCCACCGUCGACAGUCGAUGAAGGCGGAGAGACAGAAUCUAUGCUCGAAGAACAAGAGGCCCUCGAUGCGCCCUAUUCCCAAGGAGAUCCGCGCUCAGGGACAACUCUUCGCCGUGCGGCUACCGCCGCUGCCAACAACCGCCGGUUGCAGCCACAACAAGCAGCCGCAGGACCGGUCGAAUAUCGCAGAGCUGAUGGUCGAGCUGAGCAUCCCCAUGAGAGUGAUGCGGACAACUGGGUUCCUCCACCACCACCGUACCAGAAAGAAGACCCCGGCGACCUCCCAGCUUUCCUUCGACACACGGCCGUUUUGCCUGCCGGUGCCGGUGUUCAGACCCAUGACGGCAAGCUACAGGUCGACACAGCAGACAGGCAAGCUGCACGCAUGUCGUCAGCCUCUAUGUUCCAGCCCCGUCGCAGCCAGACUGUCACCACCACUACCAAUAACCGUCAUUCUUCGCCAAACCCGCCCGUUCCCCCUGUCCCACCACUUCCAUCGCUCGAUAUAAUCCCGCCGGUACCGGCUCUCCCGGCAGGCAUUAUGGGCUCACCACUGCCGCCGCCUCCUCGAAUCAUGGCCUCUCACGAACGAAACAGCAGCUCGGGGUCGCUUUCGGUGCAAAAUCCCGUUGUGCGGCCAGGUUCCAGCAGCUCACGCUUCCUAGAUGGUGACAACAUCUAUGAUGUUUCACCGCCAGACUCGCCUGCUCUGGCACCGGUAAGGCAACAUGUAUCCCGAGAACCUAGUGGCAGCCCGGCAGAGAACGAUCCGUCGCCACCCGUUCGAGCCAGCAUGUUGUUUGUGUCACCUCCCACGGCCAGUCAAGGGGACUUUGCCGGUUCCGGUCCCAGCCCCUUUGCCGGUCAAGCUGCUCGUGUUUCUCCAGAAACGGGCCUUCCAGGGGCUAGUGAGACGACUAUGGCGUCGUCGUCGUCGGUCACCAAUGCAUUGGUGCCACCGAGUCACCGACCAGUAGUCGCGUCGGAGGAACCCCCAGCUGUGAGACGCUUGUCCGUCUCGAGGACCUGGCCAACGCAGCCAGUACCAAUUAACACGGCUGCGGUAUCCGACGGCUACCCGUACUCGGCUCCUGUUCCUGGCAACGGGACCGACUGUACUAUGUCUCGGUCGUUCCCGCCUCUGCCCCGGCCCGAUCAGAUCUCGAAUCUUGGGAACGGUAACCAUCGGUUCUCUGGCCACUUUCAGCUGCCACCGCGUGCUCCCGUGGCGGUGGCAGGCCCACAUUCUGCCCACCCUGCCAUGACUAUGGAUGAGCAUCUGCCGCAACCUCAGCAGCCGUGGAGGAGGACCUCGUACCAACGACCUGUAUUACAGCAGCAACAUUAUUCUUUCCCCUUGCAGGGAGGAGGCGGUGGCGGUUCACCGCCGUAUCAUCGAUCGUGUCACUCCCGCGCUACGAUUCAUGAGCCCCAGCCGAGGAGGCCGUCGGAUAUUGUUACCUCGGGGCCUUUGGUUCAGCAGCAGCCUCAGGAGGACAUGCCGCUUAUUAUUUCGACGCCAAAGGGGGUUCAGGGGGCAUUUGAUGCGCCUGGGUCGUUUUCGUCAACUCAACAAAGGGCGGAGACGCCGAUUUUGGCGCCGGUGCCGAGGCAUCCUAGGCCUGUCACGCAGUCGUCCAUACUUAUGCCACGGCAGGUGCCGGAGAGGUUGGAUACUAUUUUCAGUUUGUCAGAUAACGGGCAACAGCAGCAGCAGCAACAUCAUCAUCAGUUUUUGAAUCAUCCGCCCCCUGUGCCGGGGUCGUCGAGUGGUGGGGGGUUGAGUGGGUUUGCGAGGAGGGUGCCGAGUCUGAAUAGGAAGCCGAGUAGAGCAGAGAGGUCGGCGGCCAAGAACAUUGCUGAUGCGAAGAAGAGGGGGUGGAGUGGGAUGACAGUGAGGAGUAAGAGUAGAAGGGGGAGGGGGAAAAAGAAGCAAGAGAUGGAUGCGAUGAGUACGGUUGCGUGGACGAAUGUUGAGGGGAAUAAUGUUACUUGGCAGAGGGGGCAGGGUCAAGGGCAAGGGGGGAAGGAGAAGGAUAGGAAGUGUGUGGUAAUGUGAUGGAUGGGAUAGGAUAUAUAUCAGUUGGGAUAUGAAGGGUAGAUAUGUGGGAAUGCGUUUGAUAGGGCAUAUAGCCGGGAGGGCUUUGUGUUUAUUUGAUGAAUGAGGGUUGCUGGUUAACAGGACAGGGUACAAGGUAGGAUAGGAAAGGGAAGGCGGAGGGUAAUGAAAUGACUACUAAUGUGGACUUGAUAUGACUGUUUCUGUGGGUUUUGGGUGAGUGAGUGCUUUGUUGGAGUCGUAUGCUCCCAUACAUCAAGAGAAAGAUGAAAGCCAAUCUUGUGACCAGUGAAGGAGAUAUUUGAAGGCAAGCUGUUGUUUGGAGAUCUUGAUGCUGUCUAUGAGGAC